CGGCUUAUGGUUGAUUCUAUACGAAGCUGUACUUCAUCGGACGAAUCAUUAUUGUUCACAACUUUGAUUGAUUCCCAUCUUUGUUUGUUUGGUUCUUUCUGGAAUAUCCUUCACUGCUUUCCGUUUGGAAUAUUCAAAUUGAUGCUCGUUUAGUUGUAAUUGGAAGAGUUCUGUGGGAGAAUAUGGCUUCAAAUGUACAACACUCUGUGGAGCAACAAUCAGGAACUCAGAAGAUUCAGAUAUACUCUACCUCUAAUACUGGAGUUUCUUCUUUCUGGAGAGAAAAGUAUGAAAAAGAUGCUAAGAAGUACUGGGAUAUCUUUUACAAAAAGCAUCAAGACCGGUUUUUCAAGGACCGACACUACCUGGACAAAGAAUGGGGUCAAUACUUUUCUGGAGAAGAAAGAAAAGUUGUUUUAGAGAUCGGCUGUGGAGCAGGAAAUACAGUUUUUCCCUUGAUUGCUACAUACCCAAAUGUUUUCAUUCAUGCAUGUGAUUUCUCACCACGAGCAGUGAAUUUAGUCAAGACACAUAAAGACUUCAAUGAGAGCCGCAUUGCUGCAUUUGUUUGUGAUCUUACUGCUGACAAUUUGAGCAACCAUGUUUCUCCAUCAUCGAUUGAUGUAGUAAUGAUGAUUUUUGUUUUGUCUGCAGUUUCCCCAGAGAAGAUGUCCCAGGUGUUGCAAAAUGUAAAAAAAGUUUUGAAACCAACUGGAAAUGUUCUUUUUCGUGACUAUGCGACUGGAGACCUUGCUCAGGAAAGAUUUGAUUGCAAAGAUCAAAAGAUUAGUGAGAACUUUUAUGUUCGAGGAGAUGGGACUCGUGCUUUCUACUUCUCUAAUGAGUUUCUUACAAGUACAUUUAAAGAAAAUGGAUUUGAUGUAAAAGAACUUGACGUGUGCUGCAAACAAGUUGAGAACCGAUCGAGGGAUUUGAUUAUGAAUAGGCGAUGGGUCCAAGCUGUAUUCAGCCUUUCAGAGUUUGCAACUCUCGAAGCUGGACUUAGGGAAGGCUUUCUCGGUCAAGUUGAAAUCGAGCCAAGGCCCAAGGAGAACCAUUCAGAGGGGCCUGUCAACGAGUUUGAAGUUGACUUCUCUGAGGGUGUUGCAAUAGAUAUGUUUGGAAUUUCACCUUCUGAGGAUAAUGAGAUUGUUGAGGUGGAUGUUAGAGGAUGGAAUUUCAAAAUCAAAGUUCUCUCAAGAGAGUUCCAACAUACGUGCAAAUCGACUGGUUUGAUGCUGUGGGAGUCUGCUCGUUUGAUGGCUUCUGUCCUGGCAGAAAAUCCAGCUAUAUAUGCUGGGAAGAGGGUGUUAGAGCUGGGGUGUGGCUGUGGGGGCAUCUGUUCUAUGGUUGCUGUUCGAUCUGCUGAUCGUGUAGUUGCCACCGAUGGAGACCCGAAAGCUCUCAACCUAUUAGCUCAAAAUGUAACUUCAAAUCUCGACCAACGUUUCCUCGCCAAAGUUAUAAACACAGAGAUACUGGAGUGGGGAAAUAGCAUCCAUAUUGAAGCUAUCAAGAAAAUCAGCCCUGGAGGUUUUGAUGUCAUCGUCGGCACCGAUGUCACGUACGUUCCUGAAGCUAUCUUGCCACUGUUUAGUACUGCAAAAGAGCUGAUCGCCUCUAGUAAGGAUUCAGAUUCAGAGUCUGCAUUGAUUCUUUGCCAUGUCUUGCGUCGGGUUGACGAACCAACAAUAGUUUCAUCUGCGUAUCAAUUCGGUUUUAGGCUGGCUGAUUCUUGGACCGCAGGAGUCUCAUCCAAGUCAUCCCAAAGCAUUGUGAGUUCUUGGUUCGCUGAUAGAGAUUGGGACAUCCCCAGUACUGCUUUGAAUAUCAUGUACUUCCUUCUAGAUAAGUGAUCAUCAUAUUUUCAUCAAUCAAAUAUGCAAGAUUUCGAUAUUUUAUUUUCCGAACAGUGGAUAUUGUAUCUGUACUAGACGAUGAUUCUACAUCCCAGGUUAAUUUGAUCAAUGAAAUUUACCAGUACGGUGAAAACUGAAAACUGUCAAA